AUAUAUUAAAGUGAAUUAAAUGAAUCUAGCUACUGAGUACCUCCAUUUUCUUCAUUUCCAUUUCUGCUUUCCAUUUUUCAUGAUUUUCCCAAGCUUGUAUCUUCACUUCCUCACAUAUAAACCUACAAUAAAAGAUCAACACAUCAGUAUCAGCUUGAGUAGACAGCACUCAUACUAGUGCUGCGUAAUUAAAUGUAACAACAUUUGAGUUGAAAGAACUCCAAAUGGUUGAUAAUUAAUUAAAGCUAAUUAUUAGCCAGGGAGGAGAAUCAGUGCAUCGCCUUGCCAUUUGUUUGACUCAUUUUGCCUCAUCUCAAUGCAUAGCUCUACUUUCUAGUGGAUUCAACUUUCUGGCUUGAUCUGAAUCAUUAUUCUCAGGUUUAUUUCGAGCAUCACCUAUUCCCUUGGCAGCUGCAUUAGCCUCACCUCUGUCCUCAGCAGUUGCUAUACUCCCUUGUUGGAACCUUACUGGAGUGGAGGAUCCUUAAGAUAUAGGGCACCUUGCUGCAGGAGUUGUAGCUCUAAUGGGGGUAACUUUUCUUGAUGGCUCUUGGCUUGCAAUGGGGAUCAUCUCAGUCCCCAUGUCUCUCACACUUACAGAUCUCACAGCUGACAUGGUUGUACCCUCCAUAGGCUUAUUGAUCCACCAGAUUGACUCAUCACAGUCCACAUUCUUUGUAACCACUUGUAUUGAAGUGCCAUUAGAACACAAUUUCCAUUUUUUUGUGCAGCUUCAUCAUCUUCACUGCUGGAGUAAUCUUGCACCUUCCGCGGAACAGGAGCUAUCAAGCACCUGUCAUCUGCGUUGGAGUCCAAGGCUUGGUCUUAGACUGGUUCUUCUCUCCACCUCUUAAAGACCCCACUAGCCAUUUCUGUGCAUCAUCCCAUUUUGAUGGUGUUGGCUUGCCUAAGGCUGUCCAGUAAUGAGAACCCUGGUUGGCCGUUCCAUUCCCUUUAUGAAACUCAAACUAAUGUUGCUGUUGCUGCUGCCUGAAAUCUCCUGUGGUGGUCCAAGGUUAGCAGCUCUUAUCCUCAAUAUAUCUCAUAUUUUCUAAUCAGUAAACCCUUUCAGAACAUAAAAUCAUUACUGAACC